AGGCCGUGUUGCCUGUCUGGGUUCCAGGCCCCGCCGCACAGCGGGGUUGGCGUUGGUCGCGCCGGCCCUUCAAGGGGUGGCCUGGCGGGGCUGGUGCAGGGGUCAGCGCCCUGGUUCAGCCCCCAAUGGCAAGAUGGGCUGGGCCAGGUUGAGACAACGGUGAUGGGGUCAGAGGUCAUGGCAGCAUCUGAAUCUGCGUUCCAAAGGGGUCAGAGGUCACAGAGUGCCACACCAGAUUCAUGACGGAUGCCUGGUUCCUGAGCCCCACGCCCCAGUCCCAGUAAGGCGCCAGGGCUGGAGUGGAGUCUACUGGGGGCCUCUGGGCUUGUGGAGGAGUCUCCCCAGCUUGUCCUGAGCCACAGUCUCUGCCUCCCCCACCAUGCCGCACAUCGAUAACAACAUCAAGCUGGACUUCAAGGACGUCUUGCUGAGACCCAAGCGCAGCACCCUGAAAUCCCGGAGCGAGGUGGAUCUCCUCCGAUCGUUCACCUUCCGCAACUCACACCAGACGUAUAGCGGGAUACCCAUCAUUGCUGCCAACAUGGACACUGUGGGCACCUUCGAGAUGGCCAAAGUCCUUUGCAAGUUCUCACUCUUCACUGCCAUCCACAAGCACUACAAGCUGGAGGAGUGGAAGGAGUUUGCUGCCCAGGAGCCCGAUUGCCUGCAGCACGUGGCGGCCAGUUCAGGCACCGGCCCCUCAGACUUCGAGCAGCUGGAGAAGAUCCUGGAGGCCCUACCCCAGGUGCGCUACAUCUGCCUGGACGUGGCCAACGGCUACUCGGAGCACUUUGUCCAGUUCCUGCGGGAUGUGCGCAAGCGCUUCCCCGACCAUACCAUCAUGGCUGGGAACGUGGUGACGGGGGAGAUGGUGGAGGAGCUGAUCCUCUCUGGAGCUGACAUCAUCAAAGUGGGCAUCGGACCAGGUUCGGUCUGUACCACUCGGAAGAAGACAGGGGUGGGGUACCCCCAGCUGAGCGCCGUCCUGGAAUGCGCCGAUGCAGCCCACGGCCUCAACGGGCACAUCAUCUCGGACGGGGGCUGCAGUUGCCCGGGGGACGUGGCUAAGGCAUUUGGUGCCGGCGCAGACUUUGUCAUGUUAGGGGGGAUGCUGGCGGGACACACAGAGUCGGGGGGGGAGCUGAUUGAGAGGGGGGGCAAGAAAUACAAACUCUUCUAUGGGAUGAGCUCCGAGGUGGCCAUGAAGAAAUAUGCUGGGGGAGUGGCGGAGUACAGGGCGUCGGAGGGCCGGGCGGCAGAAGUGCCGUUCCGGGGCGCCGUGGAGAACACGCUGCGGGACGUGCUGGGCGGGCUCCGUUCCACCUGCACCUACGUGGGCGCCGCGAAGCUGAAGGAGCUGAGCCGCCGAACCACUUUCAUCCGCGUCACCCCGCAGGGGCCCCCCCUCUUCGGGGCAGGCGAGUAG